AUCUCUCCCUCUUUCUCUUCUCUGUCAGGGUUCUCUUUCAUCCCUUAUCGGCUCAAAUUCUCACUUUCUCGCUCCGGAGGCAAAAUUUUCCGUCCGCCAUCAGAGGAAGAGAGAGAGAGAGAGAGAGUUUAGAGAUUGAAGGUCGCUGAGGAGAUACGAAGGGCGGAGAUUGCGAACUCUAACUUAGAUUGAGGUUUUGCAUGUGAUGUCGUAGAGCCUUUCAAUCGCCAUUGUCGGUUCCUUCUGGUUCUAAACCCUUUCAAUUUCAAACCCGUUUCAGUCUCUAUUCAUCACGUACGCCUGUAUAGCUUUUCCUUCUGUUUUUUCUUCCUCGUUUUGGUGGUUUUUCUUCAAGAUUUGGUCUGCAGUUACCCGUGUGGUGUGGCUGCUACAUAUCGGCGUUUUUUCGUUCUUAGACGUCCAGUGAAAGGAGGCAGAACCGAUCGAUAUGAUUGUGUUGAGUUGAUUUUGUUUUUGGUUUUCUCUUUGGCAAUUCCUUUGGCAGGAUAUGAAAGUUUUGUUACUGAGGAUUCUUGCUUGACAUGGUUGCGAAAGUAGUUGAAUUGAUUUCCGGCGGUGCUAUUUGGGGCGCUCCUCGUGCUGUGCGUUGAAAACGGUUGUUCUUUGAGGGUGCCCAUGCUAUUGGCCUCAUUUUCAUGCCGCCUGAACCUUUGCCCUGGGAUCGGAAGGACUUCUUCAAGGAGAGGAAACACGAGAGGUCAGAGUUCCUCGGACCUUUACCCAGAUGGAGAGAUUCAUCCAGUCACGGAUCCCGUGAGUUUAGUAGGUGGGGAUCAGGUGAUUUUCGGAGACCUCCAGGUCAUGGUAGGCAGGGGGGUUGGCAUGUGUUCUCUGAGGAAUAUGGUCACGGUUAUGGGCCUUCCAUGUCAUUCAAUAACAAGAUGCUUGAGAACGUCAGUAGCCGGCCAUCUGUUUCACAUGGCGAUGGGAAGUAUGCUAGGAACGGUAGGGAAAGCAGAUCUUUUAGUCAAAGAGAUUGGAAAGGCCAUUCUUGGGCAACAAGUAAUGGGUCUACAAACAAUGGUGGUAGAAUGCAGCAUGAUCUAAAUUAUGAUCAGAGGUCAGUUCAUGAUAUGCUGAUAUAUCCCUCUCAUUCUCAUUCUGACUUUGUAAACCCGAGAGAAAAGGUAAAAGGCCAGCAUGAUAAGGUCGAUGAUGUCAAUGGGUUAGGCACAAACCAGAGACGUGAUCGGGAGUAUUCAGUGAGUUCCUCAGGGUGGAAGCCUCUUAAAUGGACACGUUCUGGUGGCUUGUCUUCACGAACAUCAACAUCGGGCCACUCCAGUAGCAAAAAGAGCAUUGAAGCUCUAGAUUCUAAUGAUAGAAAGUCUGAGACUGUGUCGAAAAAUGCAUCACAAAAUUUUUCUCCUUCAGCCGACCAUGCUGAGUGUGCCAUGUCUUCUCUCCCUUAUGAUGACGCAAGUGCCAGGAAGAAGCCGCGGCUAGGAUGGGGUGAGGGACUUGCCAAGUAUGAGAAAAAAAAGGUCGAAGUUCCUGAUGGCAGCACUGCCUUCACAAAUAUUACUGCAGAAUCUACUCAUUCUCUGAAUUCUAGCUUGAUUGAAAAAGGCCCCCGAGGCUCAGGAUUUGCUGAUUGUACCUCACCUGCCACCCCUUCUUCUGUCAUUAGUGGUUCCCCUCCAGGUGGGGAUGAAAAAUCAUUUGGAAAGGCAUCGAGUGAUAAUGAUGUCAGUAACUUUCAUGGUUCACCUGGCUCUUGUUUUCAGAAUCAAUAUGAGGGAACGUCCACUGUAGAGAAGUUGGAUAAUUUUUCAAUAGCUAAUUUGUGUUCUCCACUCAUUCAACUGUUGCAAUCUAAUGAUUCGAUUUCAGUGGAUUCCACUGCCUUGAGUAAGCUGCUUAUAUAUAAAAAUCAAAUUUCUAAAGUGUUGGAGACAACUGAGUCUGAAAUUGAUUUACUUGAAAAUGAGCUGAAGGGAUUGAAAUCUGAAAGUAAGGGUUACUUUUCUUUCACGUUGGCAUCCAGUUCUUUGCUGGUGGGAGAUAAAUUCUUUGAAGAGCAAAACAAUGUCGCUAAUGCAGUUGCUACCCUGCCAGUUGUUACUUCUGCAAAUACUAUUUCAAAAACGAUGGCACAUUCUACAAGUGACUUGGAAGAAGUGUAUGCUGAUAAGGAUAGGUCUGGGAGGUUGGAUGUGAAGGAAUCUGUCAUGAAAGAGAAGCUAACAAUUUAUGGUUGCAGUGUGAAAGAAAAUAUUGCAGCCUAUAUAGACAAUAGCGUGCCUAUAAAGAGUGAAGGUGUCACAGUACAUCCUGUUGCUAAUGAUAUGUAUGAAUGUGCUGAGGGAGGAGAUAGUGUGUCUGAUUUAAUUCUGGCAUCCAAUAAAGAAUCUGCAUGUAAGGCUUCUGAAGCUUUAAUCGGGAUGUUGCCUACCAAUGAACGUAAGAUUGAUAUUUGGAGUACAAAUGCCUGCUCACAGAAUCAAUGUUUAGUGAAAGAGAGAUUUGCAAAGAGGAAACGGUUACUAAGAUUUAAGGAGAGAGUAAUUACCCUUAAGUUUAAAGCCUACCAGUCUUUGUGGAAGGAGAAUUUGCAUGUGCCUCCUGUAAGGAAGCUACGAGCUAAAUCUCAGAAAAAACAUCAGUUGAGUUUGUGGACAAAUUACAGUGGCUAUCAGAAGAACCGAUCUUCCAUUCGAUACCGUAUGCCUUCACCAGGAAAUCUGAACCCCGUUUCUAGCACAGAGAUACUUAAGCAUGUGAGCAUGCAGCUUUCUACUCCCCAGAUUAAGCAGUACCGGAGGACAUUGAAGAUGCCCGCAUUAGUUCUGGACCAGAAGGAUAAGAUGGGCUCAAGGUUCAUCUCUAACAACGGAUUAGUUGAGAACCCUUGUGCAGUUGAGAAGGAAAGGGCAAUGAUUAAUCCAUGGACCUCAGAAGAGAAAGAUGUUUUUAUGGAGAAGUUGGAAUGUUUUGGGAAAGAUUUUGGGAAAAUUGCAUCCUUUCUUGAUCAUAAAACAACAGCAGACUGUGUCGAGUUCUACUACAAAAACCACAAGUCUGAUUGCUUUGAGAAAACAAAGAAGCUGGAGUUUGGGAAGAAAGUGAAGUCCUCCACUAGUAACUAUUUGAUGACAACAGGGAAGAAAUGGAAUCCAGAAACGAAUGCCGCUUCUCUUGACAUGUUGGGUGCCGCCUCAACGAUGACUGCCCGUGCUCAUAAGUAUUCCAGCAGCAGGUCUGGUGGAAGAACUUCAUAUCACAUAACUCAAUUCGAUGAUGGUCUAUCAGAAAGGGCCAAAGGUCUUAAUGGUUUUGGAAAUGAAAGAGAAAAGGUGGCGGCUGAUGUUUUGGCUGGUAUAUGUGGUUCUCUUUCUUCAGAAGCCAUGGGUUCGUGUGUCACUAGUAAUUUCAACCGAGGAGACAGUUCUCAGGAUUUGAAGUGCAAAAAGGGUGUUACUACCGUAUUAAGACAGCGUAUGACAACCAAUGUUCCACGGUAUGUUGACAAUGAGAUUUUUUCUGACGAGAGUUGUGGAGAAAUGGGUCCUUCCUAUUGGACGGAUGGGGAGAAGUCUCUUUUCAUAGAAGCGGUGUCAGUUUAUGGGAAGAAUUUCUCUGUGAUCUCUACCCAUGUAGGAUCAAAAUCCACGGACCAAUGCAAGGUCUUCUUUAGCAAAGCACGGAAGUGCCUCGGGUUGGAUUUAAUAUGUUCUGCAAAGAAAAUGCCAGAUAAUGGAAAUGGGCAUGAUGCUGAUAGAAGCAAUGGUGAAGGAGGUGUAGAUACCAAAGAUGCCUUUCCUUGUGAAAUGGUUGGCUCGCGGGUGGUUGAUGACUUGCCAAAGGCUGUAAUGAGUAUAAGUGGUGGUGAAUCGGAAUCCAUGAAUCUGCAAUCUACCCAUCAGGAAGUCAAUCCAUCCUCAAAGACUUGUAGUAAUGCUGCUGUGGAUGCUAUGGUGUCAGAUGAUGAAUGUACUAGGAAGGAUGGCUCUCAAUCGGGUUUUGAUGACGACUGCCAGUCAGUGAAUUCUGCCAAUGAUAAGAAUGGUUUGAUACAUGAGCAGCAACAUGUAGUCAUAUCUGAUGAAACUGCAAAAGAACAAGACAUUUCUGUUUUGGUUGCAACAUCAGUUGGAAAUGUUUCAGAUACUGAAACCAAGAGAGGAAAUGUCGAUGCUAGCACAGCUCGAGGUGAUAAAGCUGAUUCCCAUGCAACAGAUUGCCCUUCAAUACCCUCAAACUCUCACAUAACAUCAUCGGCUAAGGAGGAACAAGGGCGUCAUCAUGUGAGAGUGCAUUCACGUAGUUUGUCUGAUUCUGAGCAAUCGUCUAGAAAUGGCGACAUAAAAUUAUUUGGUCAAAUUCUUACACAUUCCUCAUUUGUGCCGAGUUCAAAAUCUGGAUCCAGUGAGAACGGAAUCAAGACGACCGAGCCUCACCACAAGUUCAAGCGUAGAUUGAAAGUAAACAGCCAUGGGAAUCUAAGUACAGCCAAGUUCAAUUGUAAGAACUCUCCAGGCCAAGAGGAGAAUACUCCCUCAAGAAGUUAUGGAAUUUGGGAUGGCAACCAAAUACGCACUGGGCUUUUGUCAUUGCCUGAUCCCACCACCCUAUUAUCCAGAUAUCCUACAUUCAAUCAUCUCUCUAAGCCAGCCUCCUCCCCGACCGAGCAGUCACCAUCUGGUUGCAAGGAAGAGACAUCAAACUCAAACAAGGAAACCCAGAAGAGGGAGGUAAAUAAUAGUAGGAAGGAGGAAGUAGUUGGAGAAAUGAAUGUGGAAGAGAGUUGUUGUAAUGAGGGCGGUGGUGGUGGUGGGUCAUAAUAGAAUAUGAGAGAGAACUUAGGUUUGGUUAGUAGAUAAAAUUAUAUAUAAUGCUUCAGAGAGAGCCAUUUCAAUAGAGAGAGAGGCUUUCUCAGCAGCAAAUUCUUUGUUUUUGCUGCAACCCCCCAUGUAUCAUAGUUUCUUUCAUGUUGAUUAAUCAAUAGCAGAAUUUGACGGCUCUUAUUGCCGUCUUCUAGGAAAACAAAACAAAAAAAAAAAAUUAUAUUCAAUCAGUUGCCCAUUGCAGAGUUAACACGUUA